UGUGUGAGUGUGUGUGUGAGAGAGUGACAGACAGAGAGAGAGUAUGUGUGUGCGUGUGAGAGAGUGAGUGUGUGUAUGUGUGUGUGAGUGAGAGAGAGAGUGAGUGUAUGUGUGUGUAUGUGUGAGUGAGAGAGAGAGUGUGUGUAUGUGUGUGUGAGAGAGAGAGAGAGAGAGAGAGAGAGUGAGUGAGUGUGUGUAUGUGUGUGUAUGUGUGUGUGAGUGAGUGUGUGUAUGUGUGAGAGAGAGAGAGAGAGGGAGGUGGUUCCCUAAAUAAGCCCCAAGUCAACUCUUCAGUUCAGUGUUGUUUGGAUGACGUGGAGGAGCAGGAGUUGGGUCACAGCAGCAGCAGUAGCAGCAGUUCCGUGGACCUCUCACACGGAAGUAGACCGCACUGAAUCACUCCUUCUUCUAUAACUUAAAAUAAAUGAGUCUUUAAGCGGAACUGCUCCUGAACUGCCGCUGUGCAUAUCCGUAUAACUCUGGAUCAGGGAAAAUGCAAAACAGUUUGUCCAUCACUGAUGGCGAUGGUUGUUCAUUUGGUCCCUUGGUGGUGUUGGAGCUAGCUGAGAACACUGAAGCAGAGGCCAUCAGAUGGUUAUUAAGCAGAAUAAGAGACAAGCAGCAAAAUGGAGGAGCUGAUCUGCUGGUGGAGCAGCUUCCACUUGGAGGACAGGAAAAGCAAAAAGUGAAUCGUAAUGUUUUUCUUGUGGGCUCCACCUGGCAGAGACUCCUGAAUGGAGCAGAAGAUUUGGGACUUUUUAAGGAGUUCCAAGAUGGUACCAUGAGAGGAUUCACUAACGCCAACCGAGAGAGUUUCAAAGAAUUCCAAGGGGAGGGCGAUGGCUUCCUCAGCAUUGCAGAGUGUCAAUACAUUAUCAAACACGAGCUGGACAUUUUGAGGGCGAAGGAUGAAACCCAUGUUCCUGGAUACCCUAAAGUUAGACUUUAUCCUGGAAAGUCAGUCAUCCGUAGGUUGCAGUCCAAAGGGAUUCUAGUCCAAUAUUUCCCUCUCCAUGAUAAAGAGGAGUUAAAGAGGCUCUCUUCCAAUUGGUACAAAAAGAUCAAGUUGUCCUUUCAGCCACUGAAUGAUAUCAGGCAUUACUUUGGUGAAGGUUUGGCACUCUACUUUGGUUUUCUGGAGUACUUCACAUUUGCCUUGAUGCCAAUGGCCCUGAUCGGCAUUCCCUACUACCUCUUUGACUGGGAGAACUAUGAUAAAUAUGUUCUGUUUGCCGUCUUCAACUUGGUAUGGUCCACUGUCUUCCUGGACGUAUGGAAGAGAUGUAGUGCACAGCUGGCUUAUGGAUGGGGAACGUUGAGUCGUAAAAAAGCAUUUGAAGAACCACGACCGGGAUUUCAUGGCAUUCUGGGCCUUAAUCCUGUAACAGGCCGUGAGGAACCGACAUACUCUAACAGCAAGCGACAAUUGAGGAUAUAUCUGGUGUCUCUCCCCUUUGUGUUGCUGUGCCUAUACAUCUCUCUCCAUGUGAUGAUGAUCUACUUUGGCAUGGAGACCUGGGCUCUGAGUAUUUAUAAUGAAGAUCCAAACUUUCUGACCAGUGUGCUGCUCUUCAUACCAAGUAUCAUCUAUGCAGUGGUCAUUGAGAUUAUGAACCUGUUAUACCGCUAUGCAGCUGAGUUUCUCACAGAUUGGGAAAACCACAGACUGGAAUCAUCCUUCCAGAAUCAUCUGGUUCUUAAAGUGUUGGUGUUCAAUUUCGUCAACUGUUUUGCUUCUUUAUUCUACAUUGCCUUUGUAAUGCAAGAUAUGGCGUUGCUUCGACACAGUCUCGCCACUCUGCUCAUCACCUCUCAAAUCCUGAACCAAGUGAUGGAAGCUUUCCUGCCAUACUGGCUGCAGAGGAGACGAAAUAAGAAGGUCCAUAAGAGAGUGAAGAAGAUGAUGGGAGAUCAGGAGCUCCCCAUGGUAGAGCAGGUCCAACUGGAGAGUGACAUGAAUACUUACCUGGGCACGUUCGAUGACUAUCUGGAGCAGUUCUUACUGUUUGGCUACGUCAGUCUGUUCUCCUGCGUGUAUCCUUUGGCUGCUGUGCUAGUGGUGUUCAACAACAUCACAGAGGUCUAUUCAGACGCUUUUAAAAUGUGUCACGUGUUCAAGCGGCCUUUCUCUGACCCUGCCUCUGACAUCGGAGUAUGGCAGCUGGCGUUCGAGACGAUGAGCGUUAUUGCUGUGGUCACCAACUGUGCCUUGAUUGGUCUGUCUCCUCAAGUGCAGGCCUACUUCCCUGAAGCAGACACACAACUUAUCCUCACUGUAGUGACUGUUGAGCAUAUCCUCCUGGCUUUCAAGUUUAUCCUGGCCUUCAUUAUUCCAGACGUGCCCAAGCACAUUCAGAUCAAGCUUGCCAAGCUGGAGUUUGAGUCUCUGGAAGCUCUGAAGAAAAAGAAGGCUCUCGCUCGAAAAUGCUGGAGGCAGCAGAGAUAUCUAAGACCAAUAAGUAACGAGCAGCAAUGAGGCCAACAGUUGCACAGCUUCUGAUGCCGCAGACCUGAAACUGCCUCAGGUGUUUACAUACAGUGUAUCCAAUCAAGCAUUACAUAUCACCUACCAUGAAUAUGCACUUGUGACUAUGUUCUUCACAUCCAGCGUAAGCGGCAACUCAAUUACUGCAUGUUAGCUAGAGCAACCUCAGUUUGAGCUUUUAAUUGUGAUUUUAUUUGUUUUUGAGGUGUUCAACGUCAUAAAGCCAAGACAUGCAUAUUGGCCUCUAAUAGUAAUAAUUGUAUGUGGAAUUUGGUUAUAAAAUAACAUAUAAACAGUUCUGUGAGACUGUGUUAUUAUCUGUAAACUGUACUGAGCAUGAAUUGCACUUUACUAGUGUAAAGACACUGCUAGUGAAAAACGAUAGCGUACUUGUGCCUGGGCCACUACAAGAUUUACACAGUCAUAACCCUUGUUGAAAUAUAUACAAGACUGCAAAAAUAAUGACAGAUUUUUUCCUGGAUCAUGAUUUUUCUCAGAAUUCUUCUGAGAGCGUGACUUCAGAUCAAGUUAAACAUUGGGGAAGACAGUCCUAGUGUUGGUUAACUGUAUUUCACAUAUUACAUCGAUUGUGUUUUGUCCCAAGACUACAGGACUUCAUUCGUAGCUGAACAUUUUGAAUAACAGGCAGCCACAACUGAACUGUGAGUAGAUCAAGGGGCUGAAUCUGGAUUUUACACACUACAGGAUAAUCUUGAAAGAUAAUCCUUUUAGACCAGCCUAAAAUUAGGAAACCCUUGCGAUGUUCGGGUGAGGUAAAUCGUCCUGAUUAUUAUUCCCUAGUGUGUGACCCACGCAGAAGUAGUUUUGACAUGUACACAAUAGGGUAAAGGAUUUUUGCUUUUUUUUCUUGGCCAUGUGUGUAUUUAUUCUCCCACACACUCCUGUUCAACCAAAGACUGAGUUGUGCCUUUAGUUACCAUUAUAUCAGAUACUCAUGUUACUGAUUGUGUGCACUGUACUUGAAGCCAAGUUAACCUGAAAAUAAAUACCUGAACUAUUA